AUGUGGCGGCCCACUCGAUGUGAUCUUCUUAGCGCCCGUACUGCUCUCCGUCUCUCUAUAGCCCGAUGGGUGCCACCCUCAACACUCCGCUCAAUGCGUUACUCUGGCAAUACUCUCUUUAGACGCCAACAAUCUCAACAAGAGCAAGUUGUUAUAAAUUCCACAUUGGCCCCAUUAUGUCUGGCAAGGCGGUUUAUUUUGGUUGAAACAAACGAGACACCAAACCCAGACUGUCUUCGCUUCUACUCGAUGGAUUUAUCAUUCCUGAAACCUGGAUUGUCAAUGGACUUUCCAAACGCAGGACACGCUUACAAGUCACCAUUAGCAGAGAUGCUUUUUGGAAUUCCCGGAGUAGACGCAUUAUACCUCGCUGAUGAGUAUAUUACAGUGCGAAAGGAUCCUAUGGUUGAUUGGGAGGAGUUAUCGACACUUGUUAAGGAGUGUAUUACACAGUUUGCAGAGAGUAAAAUGAAUAUUCUCUCUGAAGAGGGAGAGGAACUUAUCACCGGUCAUAACAAUGACACGGAGCCGGAGGAGGAUGACGAUGAAGUAAUCCUUGCAGUAAAGGAGCUGUUGGCCACACGUAUUCGUCCCAUGUUACAGGCUGAUGGUGGAAAUGUGCGGUAUAUAGACAUGGAUGAUGGGACUGUAUUUGUGAUGUUAGAGGGAGCAUGUAAAUCAUGCCCCUCCUCUGGUGUAACACUAAAAAAUGGGAUUGAACGUAUGCUUAUGCAUUGGAUCCCUGAAGUUGUUGAGGUGCAGGAAUGCACAGAGGAAAUGGCAGAUGAUAUAUUGGCAGAGAAAGCUCUACGAAAUAAGAUGCAGAAGGAGGGUGUUGAAAUUACCGCAAAAUGA